GCGCAAGGAGAGACUGUGGGUUCUCAAUCACCAGAAGAAAAAAGAAGGAACCAAUGGUGAAACCAAACCAGAACGUUAUAACAAAAGAACACGUUGCAAACCUCCCAUGCCAUACCAAGAUUCCUGUCGCCAAGACCGCAUCCUCAAUCACCAAAUGCCAAUGCGAUCCCCGCCUCAUCAAAAUCUUCACAAAACUUGUUCGUAUCACCAAUAUGAACCACAAAUCAUCCGCCAAAAUCAGCUACAAAGUCCUCAAAAAACUCGCCAGCGACGACUACAUGGCCAGCGUCCUUGGACCACUUAUCCAGGACUCCACUACUUCCGCCCCCCUCCCUCCGUUAACUUCCCCGAGUAAUAUAACUGUGUUUCUUGACCUCGACGAAACCCUAAUUCACUCCGUUCGUGCAUCUGGACUAGGUCCUCCUCCGAGAAACUAUAAUUUCAUAGUUGGUGGCGAAGGAGAUGUGCGUUAUGUUUUAAAACGUCCGUUUGUCGAUGAGUUUCUUUGGUUUUUAAGCCAAAGUGGUUUUGAAAUUGUGUUGUUUACCGCUGGAAGCGAGGAGUAUGCGUCUAUGGUGCUUGAUGUAUUGGAUCCAGACGGAUUGAUUUCACAUAGGCUGUAUCGGAAUUCGUGUAAGAAAUUCAGCAGGAGUUUUGUUAAGGAUUUGUGGAAUUUAGGGCGGGAUCUGACCAAGGUGGUGAUUGUCGACGAUAAGCCUUAUUCUUACAUUUUGCAGCCCGAAAACGCCAUCCCGAUUAUUCCUUUUACUGAUGAUCUUGGAGAUGAUGAACUGAAGAAACUGAUGAGUGGAUUUUUCACAAGGUGUCAUGAAUUUGAAGAUUUGAGGGAUGCAGUGAAACAUUAUGUUGGAAAUGGAGUUGCAUAUUCAAAUUGCAUUGAGAAAUUGAGUGAAGAUAUGUGGGGAUAGUAUAAGAAUUCAAACUUUCAAACUGAGAUUGAAGUUUGAGUUUCAUUUCACUGUUUAAAUGUAUUUUUUUAACUUGUUUUGAAUUUUUCGUUGAAGAAAAUCAAGAUCUUGAUGCAUGAACAUGAAACUUGUUUUUUUUAAGAUAAAUGAUUUGCAUCAAGAUCUUGAUGCAUGAACAUGAAACUAUCGAUCAUACUUGACUAUCGAUAUAAUAUUGUAGAAAAUCAAUAGUGAAA